AUGAUCUCUGGCGGAUUGUGCGGAGGAGGAGAAACAGCGAACGCCAGGAAGAAACACUUGAAACAGUGCUUGGGGGUCGCAGGCAAAGUCAUCAGCAAAGCAAAAGACGACUGUGGUCCAACCAUCCCUAAAAUCGUUUGGGACAUUAGCGAUCUAGGCGACGUCCCCCAGGGCAUGACGAUCCGCUCGUCAUUCAAGGCAUUAGGAUUUACAGUUAAUGAUUUAACUCCUGUUGCAGGUGAACUUUCAGGUUUCAAUGCUACUACCACUAAGCCGCUGGGUGUGAUCAACUUGCGUCUCUCCCUUGGAACGCCACCCACUUCACGGUCUGCGGACAUCCAGUUCGUAGUGCUUGACACUCCAUCAGCCUAUAACGCCAUCCUCGGCAGAAGGAUGUUCGUCGCCUUUGAGGCGAGCGUCUCACACCCCCACUUGGCGAUGAAGUUCAUAGCUAGAGAUAAUAAAGUCGCAACGGUGCGAGCAGAUCAGAUAGUAGCCCAGAGCUGCUACAACAUAUCCUUGCGAACAAUGGCCAAAGUCACCCUCAAAGAUGAGCUGACACCCCAACAGAGGACAACCCCGCCAGCUGAAGGAGGUCCUGGCGAGAUGGGGAAGGAGCAUAACCAAUGUUUCUUAGUGGAGUUUGACGCUCGGGACGAUCCUAGGGUGGAGCACGGCAGACCCACGCCCGAUGGAGCAUUGGAACACGUUUUGUUAGGCGAUGCAGAUCAUCAGACAACAACAAUCGAGGCGACCAAUGACCCCGAAAUGAAAGGCAAGUUGAUCAAGCUGCUGAGAGACAACAAAGAUGUGUUCGCUUGGAAACCGUCAGAUAUGUCGGGUAUUGACCCAGAAGUAUGCUGCCACCGUUUGUCGGUGGAUCCCAAAGCAAAGUCAGUUUCCCAGAAGAAAAGGAAGUUUGGUUCAGAUCGCCAGAAGGUCAUUGAUGAGGAAGUUAAAAGGCUCCAUGAUGCCGGGUUCAUCAGGGAAAUCAAGUACACUACUUGGUUGUCCAAUCCAGUAUUGGUGAAAAAACUGAAUGGCGCGUGGAGAAUGUGUGUCGACUACACAGACCUAAACAAGGUCUGUCCCAAGGACGCCUAUCCUUUUCCAAGCAUCGACCAGCUGGUCGACAACGCAUCAGGAGCCACAUACCAAAGGAUGAUGAACGAAGUGUUCAGAGACCUGAUUGGCGACUGCAUCAAAGUUUAUAUUGAUGACAUGAUCACCAAAUCUAAAACGCCAGAGCAGCACUUGUCAGAACUUCAAGGCGUGUUCGAAAGAUUGAGAAAGUUUAACAUGCGCCUAAAUCCCAGCAAGUGCGCUUUCGGCGUCCCUGCAGGAAAAUUCCUAGGCUUCAUGCUUACUGAGCGAGGUAUCGAGGUCAAUUCUGACAAAUGCAAGGCAGUCAUUGAAAUGCGAAGCCCGCAAACAAUCAAAGAGGUUCAACAGCUGACUGGAAGCCUACUCAAAAAGGGGACCACCUUUCGGUGGUCAGACGAAUGUGAGAAAGCCUUCCAAGAGUUUAAAAGGGCUCUCUCUUGCCCACUGGUACUCGCCAAACCAGAUGAGGGAGAAAUGCUAUAUUUAUACCUCGUCGUGGGCGCCGAGGCGAUCAGUGCAGCACUAAUAAAGGAAUCAAAAGAAAGGCAGAAGCCAGUCUACUUUAUUAGCAAAGUUAUACAAGGAGCGGAGCUUGGAUACCAACAAGUGGAAAAGGUAGCCUUGACGCUUAUCUUUGUCGCGCGGCGAUUGAGACCCUACUUCCAGUGCCAUCCAAUCACCGUCAGGACCAAUCAACCGGUCCACCAAGUUUUGCAUAAGCCAGAUCUGGCUGGAAGAAUGAUGUCCUGGGCUAUUGAGCUGUUGGAGUACCAAAUCACCUACGAGCCAAGAACCGCCAUUAAGGCUCAAGCCCUUACUGACUUCAUUGCCGAAAUGACGCAAAGUCCCCCACCCAACGUCCAGGCAGCAGAAACGCCUUUAUCUGGGGUAUGGAAACUAUAUGUUGACGGCUCAUCAAACGCCAAAGCUUUAGGUGCAGGAAUGAUAGUCGAAAAUCCAGAAGGCGUGGCUGUCGAACAUUCCUUGUCUUUCGAAUUCAACACCACUAAUAACCAGGCGGAAUACGAGGCCAUGAUUGCUGGCUUAAUCCAAGCGAAAGAAAUGGGAGCCAGACGCCUCAAAGUCUUCAGUGAUUCCCAGUUGGUAACAUGUCAGAUCUCCGGCGAGUACCAAACCAAAGGACCCUUGAUGUGCAGAUACUUAGAAAAGGUCAAAAAGUUGUGGAAAGCUUUGAAGGCGUUGAGGUGGAGCAUAUCAGGCGUGCUGAAAAUACCCGAGCUGAUAUCCUUGCCAAGCUGGCGAGCACCAAAAGCUCUGGUAACAAUCGUUCAGUAA